UUAAUACAUGUUUAUUUAAUUUUUAUCUCUUUUAUUUUUUUUUAAACUCUAGGUAUAGGGUUCUCUUGUGCUCUUUGUGGUUACCGCUUAAAGGCAAAGUCUGACCAUCAUGUCUCUUAUAGUCACUACACCAACACUAACCACUAUAAAUGCUGCCAUGGAGAACCCAAGAAUCCCUUCCAUUUACCUUUACUGCUUAGACAAGGAACCAGAUUAUCGAUAUCUUGUAUAUGCUGGAGAAUUUGUAUACCUUCAGUGUUCACCUUCCAAAUUACUAAUAAAGGCUGAAAAGAACACAGUUGAAUGGUUCAUACAAAAACCUGACAGAAGUCUUAAAGAAGUGAAAAGAAGAAAUGAUUUAAUCAUUCAUGAUAAUGGAGCUCUUCAGAUAUCCACACUGGAAAGAAAUCACUCUGGCACAUAUCUGUGCAGAAUGAAAAAUCUCUGCAGGAAAAUGAUAGUACGUGUUGAAGGAAAGGAAAAUUGUUCAACAUAUGGUCCUAAAAGUUUUUUUUUUAGAAUUACCGAAGCACCUACGACUUUGUCAUGUCCUUCACUAAGUUGUCAAGGGGAUAUUAAGAGAAACGUCACAUGGUAUAGGAAUGAGACUUUUGCGAAUGUGACAUCUAAAAACCGCUUCUCUGUAAAGAUAAAUAAUAAUGAUAUCCAGUUCUCUGAACUCUUCACAGAAGAUGUUGGAAUUUAUACCUGUGACUAUGUUUUCCAUGAUAGUAGUGAAGAGGAAUGGAUAAUGAGAGCAACUAUCCAGGUUUCAGUUGAUAUACCAGAUACAGAGGAACCUCCCAAAAUUUUAAGUUCAUCCAAUGGGACUGAAAUCCCAGCAGAACUUGGAAAACCCACUGAAUUAAAAUGUAGAAUUCAUUUUGGCUAUGAAAGAUAUUUUAAUCCAGUGAUCAAAUGGACAGUUUUGCAUCCUGAAGUCAAAGUGGAACAUUCUGGAGGAAGGAAUCUUUGUUUAAAUAACACCAGCGGUCUGACUGGAUAUGAGUGCUUGUUCACAAUAAAGCUGGAUAAAGUAACAAAGAAUGAUCUGCUUACAAUAUUUCAGUGUUACGCUCAGAAUUCAGUGGGCAAUGUUACAACUACAUUCAAGCUGUCCAAAAAAGAGUCAGAUGUGGUGUUCCUGAUCUACAUAUUGUCUGCAUCUGUAGCAUUGUUGCUGGUCACGCUCAUAUGUGCUGGAACAGUAUAUGUUUACUGGGUGGAAAUAGUGUUGCUUUAUCGCCAUUAUCUGUCAAAGGACGAGACUAUUGGAGAUAACAAAGACUUUGACGCCUUUAUUUCAUAUGCGACACAGACUUCUGAGUAUGGUGAAGAGAUUACAGACAAUUUUUGUAACAACUAUGAGGAUGAGCGAUUUGCAACACAGUUGUUACCAAGUGUACUAGAAGACAACUAUAACUACAAACUCUGUAUCCUGGAAAGAGAUAUUUUACCAGGAGGAGCAUACGUUGAAGAUAUUGCCAAGAUCAUCAAGAGAAGCAGACGAGCCAUUUUCAUUUUGUCUCAGAGAUACAUCACAGGCCCACGUCUCUUUGAGCUCCAGGCAGCCAUCACAUGUUCUCUGGAGGAACAGGAUAGCCUCAAAUUGAUUCUCAUUAAGUUAAAACCUUUCAAAGAACCAGAGUCUUUACCACACAUAGUAAAAAAGGCUUUAAGAGCCCUACCUACUGUCUCCUGGAAAGGGGACUUAAAUAGUAAACCUGCUCACACUUCCAAGUUUUGGAAAAGAAUCAGGUAUUAUAUGCCAGUGAAAAAAUGCAAGGAAAAUGUAAGAAUCUGAUUUCUUACGGACGAAAAAGUUUGUGAAAUCAUCAAAUAGACAAUGGCCCUCAUUUACUAAACUGAAUCUGACCAGUUUUUAGGGUAGUUUUUGGCGCACACUUAAUGUGGCAUCCUUGCGAGCUUUGUGUUGACACUGUGUGCCAAAAGUUUCCGAACAUCCAGACAAAAAUCCCACAAAAGGGGCAUGGUUUGAAAAUAGUAUACAAACCCACAUAUUAAUUAAAGAGUACCUGUCAUCAAACCAUAUUUUCUAAACUAACUCUGAUUAUAUUCCCUAACUACUCCUAACAUCCCUCCUGCCCUUAAAAAAAAGUUCUAAGCUUUAAAGAGCUCUGUAUCAUACCUUUCCUCUUGCUCACAUUGUGUGAGCUCCCGGCAGGAGAAAGUGGGCGUUCCCCAGCAGGUGUGACAUCACUAAAGCCUGUGAGAGCUGUGCCUCGCCAUGCCCCCACACACUUCCUGAGUUUGGUCUCCUGCCAGGCCGAGAGGAGACCAAACAACUGUUUAACUUGUGGCAGGGAACAGAACAGAGCCACCUAGUGGAUGUUUUUUCAAUCACAUUAAAAACAUAUAAAGUUUGAGAAUUUUUACAGCAAGUAAAUAGCAAAGUGUCUUAUAAUUACAUAAUGAACAAUAUAUUAAACAUUUAGCUUGGUGACAGGUACUCUUUAACAUUUGCCGACUAAAUGAAGAGAUUUCAGUAGGAAAAAUAUCUAAGAAACAGAGGGUCACUUCUUGUCAUUUUUAGCUUGUUAAUAUGUUCCCUAUUUUUAAUGUGUGCAUAUUUAUUUAUUUGUGCAAGAGAUUUUUUUUAUGCUUCAAAUUUAAACCUCAUAAAAAUGUCAUAAAAUUUCCAUAGU